UAUCUAACGACGAGCAGUAGCAAACAGAAGUUCACACUCGCGCCACGCCGUCUCCACCUUAUCCAACAUCCAAUUUCCCAAAACCCUGUAAAAAUCGCACAGAAACCCUCCAUCAAUGGCGGACCAAAUUCAUUAUCAAACCCACACACCCCAUUUCUUCUAAUAACCCAACCUGUUAAUGCACAUCACCUCCUUAGCUUUCAUACAAAAAAACCCACAUCACUCAUGGACCAUUCUUCUUCCUUCAUACAAGUCUCAAACCCCUCCACUUACAACAACUACUCUUUCUCAUCCUCAUUUUCACAAUUCCCAACUCAAAUUCGACUUAAAACCCCCAAAUUCUCAUUCCCAAACUCGCGAAAUUUCCAUGUUCUUGCUGUUGCCGUAGACCCACAACAAGAGCUUCCCAAAAACAGCCCCCAAAGGCUCCUCAAAGAGCUCUCAGAGCGCAAACGAGCCACUUCUCCGAAGAAGAAGGUACCUCCGAAGAGGUUCAUACUCAGGCCACCGUUGGAUGACAAGAGACUAGCACAGAGGUUUCUCAAUAGCCCACAAUUAUCGCUAAAGUCCUUUCCUUUACUCAGUUCUUGCUUGCCCUCUUCGCGGCUUAACAAUGCCGAUAAGGCUUGGAUAGAAGAGUACAUGCUUGAGGCCAAGCAAGCCCUUGGGUACCCACUUGAGCCUUCUGAUAGGUUCGGGGACGAUAACCCAGCAAAGCAAUUUGAUACUUUGUUGUACAUGGCUUUUCAGCAUCCCUCGUGUGAGAGGACCAAUGCGCGGCAUGUGCGGUCUGCGCAUUCGAGGCUGUGGUUUUUGGGGCAAUAUGUGCUUGAAUUGGGUUUGGCUGAGUUUUUUCUGCAGAGGUAUCCGAGGGAGGCUCCUGGUCCAAUGAGAGAGAGAGUGUUUGGGUUGAUUGGGAAGAGGAACUUGCCCAGGUGGAUUAAAGCAGCUAGCUUGCAGAACCUGGUAUUUCCUUUUGAUGAUAUGGAUAAGUUGCAGAGGAAGGACCGAGAGCCGCCUGUGAAGUCUGUAUUCUGGGCGUUGUUUGGAGCUAUAUAUUUGUGUUUUGGGAUGCCCGAAGUAUAUCGUGUUCUUUUUGAAGUAUUUGGAAUGGACCCAGAAGCUGAGGAUUGCCAGCCAAAAUUACGGAGACAACUUGAAGAUGUUGAUUAUGUUUCCGUUGAAUUUGAAGGCAAAAAACUCAGCUGGCAAGAUGUUGCAGGAUACAAGCCCCCAGAAGAUGCUCUUUUUGCACAUCCAAGGCUCUUCAGGGCUUGUGUUCCACCAGGUAUGCAUCGGUUCAGAGGAAAUAUAUGGGAUUAUGAGAGCAGACCUCAAGUCAUGCGGGCAUUGGGAUAUCCCUUAGCAAUGACUGAUAGAAUUCCAGACAUUACUGCAGCAAGGAACAUUGAACUUGGACUUGGGCUACAGCUUUCUUUCUUGCAUCCAUCGAAGCAUAAAUUUGAGCAUCCUCGAUUUUGUUACGAGCGGUUAGAAUAUGUUGGCCAAAAGAUCCAGGACCUUGUGAUGGCUGAAAGGUUGCUGAUGAAACAUUUAGAUGCUCCUGGAAAGUGGUUAGCGGAGAGACAUCGCCGUGUUCUUAUGAACAAAUUCUGUGGGAGGUAUUUGAGGGAGAAGCGUCUCCAUCAGUUUAUCAUCUAUUCUGACCAGGUUCAGGAUGCUUAUGAGCACAACCGAAGAUUAAGGAAUCCAGCCACAACUGCUGUUCAACAAGCCAUUCAUGGCCUCUCAUACACCAUAUAUGGGAAACCAGAUGUAAGGCGCCUCAUGUUUGAAGUUUUCGAUUUUGAGCAAACCCAACCUAAAGCUGUCACUGUGUGAAGAUGAACUAUUCAAUAUUCCAAUCCCUACACAAGCCACAAAGCAUUCUUUUUAGUUUCCUCGACCUUUUUUUCCCUUAGUUUCUCAGUUCUUAAGUGGAAAUACUUGCAUGGAACAGUAUGUGAUUGUGCUAUCUGACAACACUAAUGUAAUAUAAAUAUGUAAUAGUUUAAAUUAAAGUAUUUUUUAAUUAUGUUCA